GAAGGAGGAAGAGAGAAAGAGAGAAAAGACCAAAAGCUGUUCUGAGUUGGACAGGGGUCCAGGGAGAAGAAACAUGAAAUGUCUGUGAAGUUGCUCUGUCGGUGAGCUGUUUUCGAAGCACUAACUCGAGAGGGAAACAUUGAAACAAUGGAAAGGAACAGCUUAUUUUCCUGACGAAUUGUCUUAAACAGCCUGUGGUACACAAAAGCUGAGAAUUGCUUAUUUUAAACAUCACUGCAGCUGAACUGGCCACACAGCUACAUUCUGAUUUGAUGAUGUUUUGGCUUGUUCUCUUUUUGUGCUUUACAUCCCAUGCUGCCAAUCAACUUGUGAAAAGGCAAAAGUCACCCAUUACAAUCGAUCCUUCUCAGGUUAUUUGCAGUGCCCCUGGCCCUCCAGGGGCUAGAGGGCCUCCAGGUUAUCCUGGCCAACCAGGGGCAUUUGGAAGAAUGGGGUUUCCUGGAAAAGAUGGGGAAGAUGGGAAAGAUGGUCCCAAAGGACAAAAAGGACAAGAAGGUGACAGAGGAAAACCAGGAAUAACCGGAAAACCUGGUGUUAAGGGAAUGCGAGGAGCUAUUGGCAAAGCAGGCCCGCAAGGACCAAGGGGCAUUAGAGGGGAUCGAGGUAAUUCAGGAAUUAAUGGACCAAAAGGCUCUAAUGGAAUCAAUGGUGAGCCUGGUUUACCUGGAAUCUGCAAAUGUGGCACGAAUACAGCAAGAUCUGCCUUCUCUGUAGCCAUCACCUACAGCUACCCCAAGGAACGUAUGCCCAUCAAAUUUGACAAAGUCCUUUUAAAUGAAGGAGGACACUAUAAUGUUUCCAGUGGUAAAUUUACAUGUGGGAUACCUGGUAUUUACUACUUCUCUUAUGAUAUUACCCUGGCAAAUAAGCACCUUGCUAUUGGGUUAGUACACAAUGGGCAAUAUCGUAUUAAGACUUUUGAUGCUAACACUGGGAACUAUGAUGUAGCCUCUGGUUCAACUAUUAUGUACCUGAAACGUGAAGAUGAGGUUUGGCUGCAGAUAUUCUAUUCUGAACAGAAUGGCCUGUUUUAUGAUCCACACAGGGCAGAUAGUUUGUUCACCGGCUUUAUGAUUUACAUUGAUCAGGACUAUCUAAAUGAACUUGAAGAAGAGUAAAUUCUCUCGAAAACAAAAGUCUUGUACCUUGUGAUUCUAAGACUUACAUUUUCAAAGAUGCUGCAAUAUAAGCUGUUCAACCACUUAGUAAAAUCCAGACUGGGAUUUUUAAAUCAGUGGUAUUAAUGCAUAAACUAACAAGAUAAUACCUCCAUUAAAAUAGCAUAGAGAAGAAUGUCACAGAAAACCAGUAAGUUUUUUAAAAAUCUAUUCUGCAGGUGUGAGUGACACCAACAGGACUAUAUUUAUUGCCCAAAUAAAAAUACCUGGAAAAA